AUGAAGAUCAAGACUGCGGAACUCUUUUGUGCAUCUCCGGCGUCCACCGCCAUAUGUACCACCAUGAAUCAGCAUGCCAUGGUCCGCCGUGGCGGAGGAGGUGGCGGCGGCGGCUCUACCCCAAGACCCAUAAACCACCGCCACCACCAUCAAUACUACAAUAACCACUACCAGUUUGAUUUCGGAGAUAAACCCAAAUUCAAAGUACCUGCAAUCCCUUGUACAUCUCAACACCACAUUGAUCCCAAACCUUACACCGCUUACCUCCAGAAAAUCAGAAAGAGUACUUCCUCCGCCACCACUACCUCCACCACCACCGCCACCGCCAAGAGUGCUGUUGCUCGAAUUGGUGAUGAGGGUGCUUUGGUAGCAAGGAGGAAAAGCAGUGCUGAUAUAAAUGAUAGAGAUGCUCCUCGAGGUUCGUCGUCUAGAUAUCUCUUGAACAACCCCACCAUUAUUGAAGAUCUUCAGGAUUCCGAUGAUGUUUGUAACGCCGGCGCACUGGUCGUUAGCGAACCGGCAUGGCCGGAAUAUCAAACCGAUUCUCCGGUGAUCAAGAAGUCUUUAUCGUCGUCGAGACGGUCUCGUGGUUAUGAUUCGCCGGCGUUGGUUAAAUCAAGAUCACCGUCGCUCCGAUUGGAUGCUCCGACGGAAUCUCCUGGUUCCAAAUCUUCGAGGUCCCGUUCCCGUGACCAGGUUGUGGAAUUGAGGGUUUCGAUCCAUUGCAAAGGAUGUGAAGGGAAAGUAAGAAAACACAUCUCAAGAAUGGAAGGAGUGAAAUCAUUUCACAUAGAUUUGGAAUCAAAGAAGGUGACGGUGGUCGGAGAUGUAACUCCAUUGAGUGUUCUUUCCAGUAUCUCAAAGGUGAAGAAUGCACAGUUUUGGCCUUCUCCUUCUCCUACUUCUGCUUCUGCUUCUCCUUCUCCUACACCUUUCGUUGCCAUCGGAUACUAAAUUUGCACAUUAUCUCGAUUUCUACUUCUUUUUCUUAUUUGUAAUGAAAUAUUUUUAAUAGUUCC